AUGGGUUACGGGUUGCCAUCUCUAUCCCAACCGAAGUACAAAGAUUCCCCAAUUGCCGUUUAUGCCCACACAAGAACCGAGAGACAAAGCCUAAUACGAGAGUUGGCCGGUUUGGGAAAGAAAAAACAAACCCAAAUCGAAGCGAAACAAUCCGAACACGAUAAAGCAGGUAAUGAGGAAAAAUUACAUUGCUUCGAAUUCUGUGAUAUUCGGUUAUCCAUUGUGUAG